AUGUCGCCAGCAUCUCCGGAAUGGCGGCGCUUCGAAUCGAGUCGCGUCGAGAAGGCGCAUGUUUCAAAACGCGGCUCAUUCAUCGGUCGCCAUCGGCACCACUACGAAUAUUGCCGAUAUGUAUAUGAUAUCAAGAUGAGUGUGAGCAGCGAGACCGUCGAGAAGGAGUACGUACACGCGAUCUACUCGAGAUUGGCGACGUACCAACAGAAAGAGCUGAAACAAUCAUCGCCUCGAAUCUGGCCGAGAGUGCGCCAAUUCGUCGAUCAGCAACCUGUCGGAAGUCUGAUUCUUGACAUCGGAUGCGGAGAAGCCAAGUACACGUCGACGAGAUGCCACGUCAUCGGAUUCGAUAGCUGUCCAGAAGUGCUUUCGGCGAGCAAAAAGGACUCGAUUGAUUUGGCACUCGCUGAUGCUCUCAAUAUACCAAUUCGAAGCGAUUCGGUUGAUGCGAUCCUUAAUGUUUCGGUUAUUCAUCAUUUCUCAACGGCAGCGAGAAGAAAACAAGCACUUGAAGAAUGCUGUCGUUGUUUGCGCGUCGGCGGCCAGAUGUUGCUCUAUGCUUGGGCAUUCGAACAACCGAAUGCCAAGUUCUCCGCACAGGACAAUUUGGUUCCAUGGAAUCUGCAUGAGACCACAAUCGCCGGGCGUCUUCCAAAAGUGAAAUUUCACAUGAACACAACGAAAGAGCAACGAAUAAUUGCGGCGUCGAUUCCUGUUCAGAUCACGAGUCCGUCGACUGUUUCGCCGUCGUUUCGCUGGUUUUCCGGUGUUCUUAAUAGGAUGAAUCAGCUCGCGGUGCAGCUGCCAUAUUUUUCGAAGAAAUCCAAUUCCGAAUCAUCGUCGACUUCUGUUCUGCCUUCAGCCGCCCCACAAUUUCUUCCGAAAAAGAAUUCAAUCAUUUCCGGAAUCAAACGAUGGAGUCCAAUGCUAGGAAAACGCUUGGCGUCUCUUAUAGUGUCCGUAGAAGAACAAUAUGGUGAUGAACUGUCUGAAGCAAUUAUGAACGAAGGAAUCGCAGAAGCGAUGGCUACUUUGAGAGAAGUCACAUUCUAUCGCUAUUAUCACGUGUUCAGAGAGCAUGAGCUGGAAAACCUUGUUGAUUCUGUAGAAGGAUUAAAAGUGAUCGCGACAAGCUUCGAACAUGGCAAUUGGUGUGUAGUUGCGGAGAAAAUUCCACCGGAAACCAUUUUCCGUGCCUAA